GCCCCCCAUGCCCCGCCGCCUUCACCAUGGCAAACUGUGCCCCCUGGAGGCUGCUACUGCUGCUCUCGCUGUGGGGGCCGCUGCUCCAGAGGGCGGAGACAGGAUCUGAGGGACAGACGGCGGGGGAGCUGUACCAGCGCUGGGGACGCUACCGCCGGGAGUGCCAGGAGACCCUGGAGGCCGCGGAGCCCCCAGCAGGCCUCGCCUGUAAUGGGUCCUUUGAUAUGUACGUCUGCUGGGACUAUGCUGCACCCAAUACCACUGCCCGAGCCUCCUGCCCCUGGUACCUGCCCUGGCACCGUUACGUGGCUGCAGGUUUUGUCCUCCGCCAUUGUGGCAAUGAUGGCCAGUGGGGACCUUGGAGAGACCAUUCUCAGUGUGAGAGCCCGGAGAAGAAUGGGACCAUUCAGGACCAAAGGCUGAUCUUGGAGCGGCUACAGGUUGUGUACACCGUGGGCUACUCCCUGUCCCUGGCCACACUGCUGCUCGCUCUGCUCAUCUUGAGUUUCUUCAGGCGACUGCACUGCACUCGAAACUACAUCCAUAUCAACCUGUUUACGUCUUUCAUGCUGCGGGCAGCAGCCAUCCUCACCCGAGACCGGCUGCUCCCUCCACCUGGCCCCUCACCUGGGGACCAGGCCCCUAUCCUGUGGAACCAGGCUCUAGCCGCCUGCAGAACGGCCCAGAUCGUGACCCAGUACUGCGUGGGCGCCAACUACACGUGGCUGCUGGUGGAGGGCAUCUACCUGCACAGCCUCCUGGUGCUCGUGGGAGGCUCCGAGGGGGGCCACUUCCGUGGCUACCUGCUCUUCGGCUGGGGUGAGCCCCGACCCUGGCCCUGCCCACGGUUUUCAAUCUCUUAGCUCUACAACCCCUACUCCAGGUGCUGGGAGCGGAACGAUGUUAAGGCCAUUUGGUGGAUCAUACGCACCCCUAUCCUCAUGACCAUUUUGAUUAAUUUCUUCAUCUUUAUCCGCAUUCUUGGCAUCCUCGUGUCCAAGCUGAGGACGCAGCAGAUGCGCUGCGCCGACUACAGGCUGAGGCUGGCUCGCUCCACUCUGACUCUGGUGCCCCUGCUGGGUGUCCACGAGGUCGUGUUUGCUCCAGUGACGGAGGAACAAGCCCAGGGGCAACUGCGCUUAGCCAAGCUCGGCUUUGAGAUCUUCCUCAGAUCCUUCCAGGGCUUGCUGGUCAGCUUCCUCUACUGCUUCAUCAACAAGGAGGUGCAAUCCGAGGUCCGCCGCGGCUGGCACCGCUGCCGCCUGCGCUGCAGCCUUGGCGAGCCGCGCCAGCCCCGGGAGCCUGCCUCUCAGACCCUGCCGUUGGGCUCCAGAACCUGCCAAGUUGCCACUGGUCGAGUCCCAUCCUCGGGGAACCUCCCAAGGCCUGGGGAUGAGGCCAGCCGGGUCUUGGAAAGUCACUGCUAAGCACCGGGAUUCCUGUGAUCACUCAGCAUGUAUUUAUUGAGCGCCUACUGUGUACCAGGCCCCUUGUGGAGGGC